AUGUCCCAGUUCCCGUUUCAACCCCGGGGACUCCCUGGGUGCCAGGGCCUUCCCUUGCCCUCGCUUUCAGCAUUGCAGUAGCCUCAGAUCACGACCCAGACCCCGCCUCAAUCCUCCACCCCACAGGUAGCUGGGAAGGGGCAGGAAGACCAAGCAGAGAGGGCUCGGGGCGAGCUUCGUUCCAGUCACUAGUAGGUUUCCCUGUCUUCAGCCUCGCACGCAAUGCCCGAGCAGCAGACUCUCUUGACCAUGACUGGGCCUGGGAAACCGCUGUCCUCACUGAGCUGCGUUGUCGGGGGACUAGUGGCGCUGCCCGGCGCGCACCCCCACAUCUCCGCACUGUACUGGGGCCACAAUUUCUGUGCCGGCAACCUCAUCGCCCCUUGCUGGAUGCUGACCGCAGCUCAUGCCUGCAGAUUCGGCUACAGGCCGGCACCCGAGGAGCUGACUGUGGUGCUGGGCCAGGAUCGCCAUAACCAAAGCUGUGCACAGAGCCACGAGGCCUUUUCACCCAUUACCUACCAGCACGACCUGGCGCUGCUGCGUCUGCAAGAAAGCAAGGACCGCAGCUGCGCGCGCCCUUCGCCUUCCGUUGGACCCGUUUGCCUUCGGAGCAGCGCUGCACAGUCUGUCGAACCCAAGGCCGCUCUCUGCGAGGUAGUCUGCCGGGGCCAUCAAUUCGAGGGGGCAGAGGAAUAUUUCAGCUUUCGGCUGAAGGCGCACGUGCCUCUUAUCCCUAGGGAGAGCUGCUCCGCCCAGCAUAUGCACUGCACCGCCUUCGUCCCCGGCAUGCUCUGCGCUAGUUUCUCCGAGGGUGGCACCGAUGCGUGCCAGAGUGACUUCGGGGCUCCGCUGGUGUGUGAGGGUGAUGCUGAAGAGCUCCAGCUCAUCCUGUGAGUCAUCGUCAGCUGGGGCUUGGGUUGUGGCGCCUGCAACAAGCCGGGUGUGUACACGCCUGUGGCCAACUACUUGACUUGGAUCCGGCAGCACACCGAUUCCUGA